AAAUAUCUUAUUGCCGUUUUUGCUUUCACUCUUUUAAUGUCGAUUGAAAAGUUGACGUAAAUAAAUAUUUUAUUUAAUUACUCUCAUACUGUACAUGUGUACUUGACAUGUAUGCAAUAUUUUUGGGGAAGAGUACAAAUAUGCAAAGGUUUUGGAACACCCACGAAUCGUACAUGUUCAAUUCAAGUAAAAAAUUGUAAGAGGAAAAAAAUGGAGGCAUUUUUGUGACUGCCAUCUGUAAGCUAUCUGCAUGCUUGGACGAACUAAAAUUUAAUAUGGUUGCCUAUCCACAUUUGCAUUUGAUGGACUGUGGGUAGACCAUGUGCCGACGCGACACCAUUCCCGCCAUUCUAAGCAAAGUCAAGCUAAUCGCAAACGAACCAGCGAAUAGAUAUAAUGGACAUAAGCAAUAAAUUCUUUUAGAUUGAUCCAUUCUAUCAUCGACAAUGUAGCAGCGAGAACAUCGGAGCCGCUGUCGAAAUUCGCGACCUUUUUCACGAACUUUCUAUACAUAUGUAACUGUCACGUACACGCAUACAUACUAAGUAUGUACGCAAUGUAAUCGAUGUGAUGUACCCAGCCUUUACAGACUGACUGUAUGCAAUGUUAAGAGUGUUUCAAAACUCAUCGAGGCUCCAGCUAGCGAGAAUGUUCUCCACUACAGUGAUACUUCUGUUUCUCCAAAACUCUCCGGCCACAGCACGCUCCGUUAGCGAGAAUAGAAGUAGAAAUUGCUUUGCUAUGAUUGGCUGUCGAUCCAAUGCUAAGACAGAAUUCACUGCGGAUUGGCUGCACAGUAAAAUAGUGGGGAUACCAGGCGCUUGCUUAGAGGGGAAGAAAAAUGUGCAGGAGUUGUGAGGUGACGGUAAACAGGAAAAAGAGACGAAAGAGGAACGUAGGAAGAGGAGGAGAACUAGAUGGGGUGGUAGCGAACAUGACAAAACAUUUAUACCUGGCAUGCCUACAGUUCUCCCAACAAACCUGACUCCUGAACAGGAGAAGGCUUACCUCUUUCAGCUGCAGAUCGAGGAAAUCAGCAGGAAACUACGCACUGGAGACCUUGGAAUUCCACUUAAUCCUGAGGAAAGAUCACCAUCUCCAGAACCAAUAUACAGUAGCGAUGGUAAACGGUUGAACACAAGGGAAUACCGUACUAGACGUAAAUUGGAAGAAGAACGUCACAAUCUUAUUCAGAAGAUUCUCAAAAUUAAUCCCGAGUUCAAACCUCCGCCAGAUUAUAAGCCUCCGAUAAUACGGGUACAUGACAAAGUAAUGAUUCCUCAAGAGGAACAUCCAGACAUCAACUUUGUUGGUCUGCUUAUUGGCCCACGUGGCAAUACAUUGAAGUCAAUGGAGAAGGAAACUGGUGCGAAGAUCAUAAUUCGGGGUAAAGGCUCCGUGAAAGAGGGAAAAGUUGGAAGGAAAGAUGGACAACCUUUGCCUGGCGAGGAUGAACCUCUGCAUGCGUAUAUUACAGCCAAUAAUUUGGAUGCUGUAAAGAAAGCUGUUGAAAGAAUUCAUGAAAUUAUACGACAAGGUGUGGAAGUGCCUGAAGGACAAAAUGAUUUACGACGUAAUCAGCUUAGAGAGUUGGCUUUAUUGAAUGGAACAUUGCGAGAAAAUGAUGGACCACGUUGUACUAAUUGCGGCGCAUCGGAUCACAAAUCGUGGCUGUGUCCAGAUAAGCCAAAUGUAACAAACAACAUAGUGUGCUCGAGCUGCGGAGGAGCAGGCCAUAUCGCUCGCGAUUGUCGGUCUAAAAGACCAGGUCAGGGUGGACCAGCUGCCGCAGGAAUGGGAGGAAUGGGACCUGGCGGUGAUAAAGCUAAAAUCGAUGAGGAAUAUAUGUCUCUUAUGGCAGAAUUAGGCGAGGGUCCGCCGCCUGAUAGAUCGAAAAGUGGACAACAACGACAACCAAACCCAAAUCCAAAUUAUCCGGGUCUUUUCGACAGACAACAAGCUCCUCGUGCUUUAAUGGCGGCACCAGCUCAUCCGCCUCCACAAAUGAUGCAAGGCGGACCAAUGAUGCCACCGCCAGGCAUGGCUCCACCACCGUGGAGUCAAGGUGAAGUAAGCAACAUGAAUGGUAUGAACAUGCAAUGGCAACCACCGGUUAGCAUGCCUCCUCCACCUGGUGUAAUGCAACCGCCACCACCACCGCCGGGCUCUACGUCCCAACCGAAUAUCCCUCCGUUGAUGCCCUGGAUGGCUGGCAAUAAUCAGCCACCGCCGCCUGGACAAAUGCCACCAACACAGAUCCCACCUCCUGGCAUGGGUAUUCCACCGUGGCAACAGGGCCAGCAAGGACCAAUGCGGCCACCUCCGCCUGGAACAGCUCCGCCGCCAGGAUUUCCAGGAUGGCAGCCGCAACAAAUGGGUGGAUGGCCACCGGCGGCACCGGUUCCACCUCCUCCGCAGCAACAAACACCAGCUCCGCCUGGCAUCGAUCUCAACACUUUACCUACGCUCUUGGCGCAACCACCGCCACCACCGCCACCAACAAGUUAGUGUAAAACAAUCGUCUGCUCAUUUAAUUAAAUCUUCGUCCGUACACUAGAGAAAUACUAUCGAUCGUGUCAGUAAAUGAUAGAUUGUAACGUUCGCCUGAAAGCAGUUAAUAUCUACGAGACGAUUCAAUCAAUUUAUUUCUCAAUGUAUGUUGAUCUGGACCAUGUGAUGUGUAGAAAAAAGUGGCUUUAGGUUCGUAAUACGCUGUACAAACGUAUCUACUACGUGUUGUGCUCAGCAGAAAAACAACAGGUAUCUAUAUAGUUUUGGUUACCAUUAUUUUCAAACUUAUUGUGUAUGACGUAAACCUAAAGUUUUCUUAUAAAUGUAUAUGUGUAAGUGAUAUACGCCAAAAGCAUUUUUAUAAUGCCCCUCGAACCACGAUCAUUUUUACUUACAUAAUAUUCUGAACACCCUGUAUCGUACAUUACGACUAGAAUAUAAUUUGUACACUGUAUUGUAAUGUGCGAGUAGCGUGCACGAAAUUGCGUAUACCUACGUCGGUGCAUUUGUUGCUGUGCACAAGUAUUACUGUAAUCAAUAUUUCGCUUCAGUAUAUUACCCACCGUAUGAAACGAGGAUUGUACAUCGUAAAAUAAAUGUUCAAUGCGAAAAUGCGUUUUUCUACAAACCUCUUGUGUCGAAGUUCGUACGACUCAAAAUUUGCAAGCGCGUUGUAAUAGCUUUUAUGACAAAGUUUUUGGUUGAUUGUAAUUAUUUUAAUUGAUCGUUGAAACAUUGGAUAAUAUAAUGAAGCGUUCAACAAUAAUCAAUUAUUUUCUUGUGUAAGCGAUCAGUUGUCAAUUUUAACUAUUACUUAGGUUAUUUAUCUUAGAAUAAUUUCUGCAAAUCUUUCAAAACCGAUGCGGAAUAUGUUAAGUAUUUACCAACUAUACCGAAACAUAAAUAUGAUAUCGCAAACGUCCAAGCGCAAUAAUUUUUCUUAUCACCAAUUUACUAACGAACACGAAGCGAUUCACUAAUUCAGUAUGAAGAAUCUACUCUAUGUAUAUGAAAUAUCGUUAGUAUUGCGUGUUACGUUUAGAAUACAAAAAGAUAGUUUGUGAAAUUGUACAAUAGCUUGUGAUGUGUAUGUUAAUUACACAAUAAAGGUAUACACAAAACAAA